UUCCUUCUCCGUCGUAUCCUUGUGGGAGGCGUUUUCCCGAAGACUGCACAAAAUCAUCCAGUGUUCCUUUACGCAUAAUUUGGAAAAUGUCUUGUUAAUGACUGUCUCCUUUGCGGCCACCAGCAGCACCAUACCAAAUCAAUGGCUUUAUUAGUCUUUAUUCCAUAUCGUUUAGGCACCGCUACUCUCGUCUUCACUUGCUGCAUGCUGAUAACUGGAUUGCACGCCAAUAGCAGCAGCAGCGGCAGCAGCAGCAGCAACGUGAUUGCUUCAUCCAAUCAACACGCUGGCAGCGGAAUGAUGGACACAUUUGCGUCGUCGGGAACAGCAGCAGCAGCUGGUCCUCGUUUCCAAAAUCAAUUGCCAUCAGACGUGACUUUUACUCCCGAUCGAGGAUUCACCAUCGAAUGUCCAGUUUGGGGACAACCUACACCCCAAAUCACUUGGCUCACAUCCAAAGAACGUUUAGGCAGCAGCGCGGCAGGCAGCGGCAUCUGGAAUCCAGUCGAAUCAUCUUCUACGUCUGCACCGUCAACUGCAACGUCAACUGCAACGACAAACAAUCUAAUCACGUUAUCACCGAAUGGCAGUUUGACUUUGCACACCUUCCGGCCGGAGCAGUUCCGACCAGACGUUCACGCUGCCACCUACAGGUGUUUGGCAGCCAAUUUCAUUGGUCGCAUCCUCUCCACUCCUGUGCGCGUCCGUGCAGUGAUUUUGCCGCCAUUCGAGGUCAACGUCGAGAAUCCUCGAGUUCGUCGUGGCAGUACGGCUGUUUUUCGUUGCUCUGUUCCUGAUUCUGUUCGUGAUUAUGUUACAGUCACUUCUUGGAUUCAAGACAAUCGAUACGACAUUUUUCUUACUUCCAGUCAAGAUGGACGUCACGUGAUGUUGGCCAAUGGCGACUUGCACGUUUUGUCUGCGCGUCAAGGCGACGAGAAUCAUUUGUAUCAUUGUCGAGUUCUCGUCCAGCCCAACGGGCAAACAAUGACCAGUUCCACUGCUGGACGAAUCAUCCUCAGUCAAGAAACCAUGACAAAGAUGGCACCAGUCAUUGUAGAAAGUGUGAAUCGAAUUCGAGUUUGGCGUGGACAAGAUGCCGUUUUACCUUGUGUUUUUCACGGAUAUCCUCCACCUAAAGUCAAAUGGUACAAAAGUCAAACGAUUCAGUAUGGCAAUUUGUUGUUGCCACUGGUGGCAUCAGCUGCCACGCAAGAGCAUCGUGGUGGAGUGCUGGGACUUGGGCGUCAUCGCCUCGUUGGUGGCACUUUACUCAUCGCUUCCGUCGUCGCCGAAGAUCAGGGCCGUUACAUUUGUUCCGUCAACAAUUCUAUGGGAUUAGUCGAAUCACGUACCGAACUCGUUUUUCGUGACAAAUUACAAGUCAGAAUCGUCGAAUCGUCGAACGUCGUCGUCGUCGCUGCCGCCGCAUCGGCUGCCCAGCACAUUCAAGUCGUCGAUGCAGAGACGUCCGUCACCAUCACGUGUCAUUUCUCCGGUAGUCCCAGGCCGGUUGUCAGUUGGCUGAAAGAUGGCCAGCGCUACUUGGUGGGCAAUAGUGGGCGUGUCUCUUCUUCAUCCGGCGACGACGGCUACACCGAUAUGGUCCAGUUAUCCAUUUCGUCCGUCCAACGUGAAGAUGAGGGAAUAUACCAAUGCCUGGCAUCCAAUGACGAAGGAGAUUGGGCCCAAGCAUCGGCCCAGCUGGCCAUUGGAGCAUUUCCUCCUCAUUUGAAAGAAACGUUCAGUCGGCAAGUUUUACAUCCGGGAAGUUCAGUCUCGUUGAAAUGUUUAGCCUCUGGCACUCCGCUGCCUCAUUUCACUUGGACGCUGGACGGGUUUCCGUUAUCGCCCGUUUCCGAACGAUAUUUCCUCGGCCAGCAGCAACAAACGGGUCACGACGAUCUUGUAGUGGCUCAUCUCAACAUAACCCACGUCCGAGUCGAAGACGGAGGCAAUUACAAAUGUGCAGCGGAGAAUCGAGUGGGUCGCGUAGAGCAUUCAGCCAAUUUGCAUAUUUACGGAGCUCCUUAUGUGAGACGGAUGAGUACAGUCGUCGGAGUUGGUGGCAAACGACUGGAAUUACCUUGCCCUGUCGCUGGUUAUCCCAUUGAGGCCAUCACGUGGGAAAAAGACGGGCGUCGUUUGCCGCUGAAUGGCCGUCAGCGACUUCAAUUCAAUGGCAGUUUGACGAUCGAUCCGUUGGAUAAGAGCAGCGACGCCGGUCUUUAUAGUUGCGAGGCGCGUGGCCAGAACGGACUCUCGGCUCGCCAGUCACUUCAACUCAACAUCCUCGACGCGCCUCAUAUAAUGGCAAUGAGCGAUUCGGCCGUGUUGAAUGCCGGCGAGCGAUUGGCUCUUCAAUGCGCCGUAGUUAAAGGUGGAUUGCCGUUGUCCGUCAGCUGGUCGAAAGAUGGCCAAGCGAUUGCUCCGACAACUGCAACGACUGGGCCAGCAACUGCAACGACGACGACUAGCGUCCGUUUGGUGAAUGAAUUCACAGCCACGUUGACGAUUGAAUCGUUGACUGGACAACAUGGUGGAUGGUACGUCUGCCGGGCAGCCAAUGAAGGCGGACGGGCAGAAUCAGCUGUUCACGUCGUCGUUCAGGCGGGCCCUCGAAUCACACCGUUCGGGAUGCCGUCACGCAACGUGAUGGUCAAUUCUCGAGUGCAGGUGUCGUGCGUCAUUGAAGAAGGCGAUCCUCCUUUCCACAUCCGUUGGUACCGUGAUGACAAGCCACUCGUCCAUCCCCAUCACCACCUUUCUUCUUCUUCGGCUUCGUCUCCGUCUCAGCAUCGUCCAGCCAAUCCAGUGGGAGUGGCUUCCUUGUCCAGUACCGAUCCGCCAAUCAGACUCGGCCCAUUAGGAGCCAUAGCCAAUGGAUUACGAUUGACUGAUUUCAAUUCUUAUUCCUCCAUUUUAACCAUCGACCAGGUGACGGUCAAUCACGGCGGCAACUACUCUUGUCGGGCAGAGAACGCCGCUGGCACGGCCGUACAUUCCACUUUACUUCACGUCAGCGUUCCGCCUUUUUGGGUCAAUCAACAACCACCCGCCGACACAGUGCAGACUGUCAGCGGCCACAGCGUCGAGCUGAAAUGUCACGUUCACGGCGUACCUACACCGCAAGUCAUUUGGUCUUUUACUAGAGAUAAAACGGCCGACAAGUACACGACGCUAUUCGCCAAUACUAAUCGAACUUUAUUGGCCAAUCAAAGUCUGGUUAUUAGUCCAGUCGAUGUGUCCGAUGCUGGUUACUAUCAGUGCGAGGCAUCCAAUGGAGUUGGAAAUAACAUCAACGCUCUUAUGGCUCUCCAGGUUCACGCUCCGCCGGAGGUGCAUUUAAAUCAAGAUUAUAUGGCAGUUAGACGUGGAUCACUAACUGGAACUGUACUGAAAUGCUCCAUCCGAGGCGAUCCACCGCUCAACAUCCAUUGGCGGAAGGACUCUGUCCCUUUGGAUCCUACCCAGUCUCGUGUAGUUACCAGAGCUCAACCGGCAACUGGGUCGCAUCCGUCGUCGUCGUCACUCCAUCCCACCUUGUUAACGAGCGAAUUGAGUGUCACCAACGCCGCAGUUGCGGAUGAAGGCCUUUACGAAUGUGCAGCUUCCAACAUGCACGGAGAGGACAGCGAUGCCGUUUUCCUUCAAGUGCAAGAUGUUCCGCAACCUCCGCUAGAUGUCAGAGUUGCCUCGGCUGCUGGGAGAAGGAUCCAAUUGGAAUGGAAACCUCCGGCCGCUGAUGGAGGCAAUCCUCUUCAAGAGUUUAUCAUUUUCUACCAAUCCCCAGGGGGAGAUGUGAGACAAGAACGGAUAAUGGCCAGUCAAUUUUCUGGUUCUAUCGGAAACCUCCAGCCGGCCACAGUCUAUCAAGUGUACAUGACGGCCUCCAACGCGUUGGGACAAAGUCAACCGAGUCUCGGCCUGACGGUCACGACGGACGAGGAGGCGCCAGAAGGCCCUCCGCUACAAGUCGGCGCCAGUUCAGUCCAUGCGCGUGGUUUCACACUCAGCUGGGCACCGCCGGCUCAUCAACUUCAACACGGAAUCAUCCAAAGCUAUUUGGUGACGAUCGAUUCCGGCCGGAUGCUUAAUCGAACGGUGUUGCCAUCGAGCAGCAACGAGUACACGAUGGCAGGCCUUCGACCCAACACCAAUUAUCACGCUUACGUGCAGGCAGUGAACAACCAGGGAAGUGGGCCAGCUAGUCCUUCCGUGUCGGUCAAGACAAGCGAGGCGCCGCCGGAAGAGCCGCCACUGAACGUGGCUUGCGUUUCGCUGAAUUCCCAAAGUCUUCAAAUCACUUGGCAACCCCCGCCGGCCGAUUAUCGCAACGGGCUAUUGCGAGGUUACAGGAUUUUUUACGAGCCGCUCAGCGAAUUGCUUUACCUUUCAUCGCCGGACCAGUCGGAUUUGCAAACUGGUUCAUCACAAACCACCACCGAGUUGACAGUUUUCCUUUCGGGCCUUCAGAAAUUUGCCAAUUACAGCAUUCAGGUAUUGGCUUUCACUGGGGCCGGUGAUGGAGUUAAAAGUCAGCCGUUGACUUGCACGACUGAGGAAGAUAUUCCGGAAAUGCCCACGCGAUUGAAAAUAGUCCAAAGUGGGCCGGAUAGUUUGACAAUCAGCUGGUUGCCGCACCCUCGUCCGACUAGCCGCGUCACCCACUUCACAGUUUACAGCAAAGAAAUCGAACGUGGCCAAGAUGUCAAUCCGCAAAAGUGGACGGCUGCCAACAGCGGCCCGUCUGCUGGUCGGCUGGAGAUCCGCAAUUUGAGGCCUCGACGGGCCGUCUUCUAUUUCCAGGCGGCGGCUGUUAGCAGCCAGGCGGGUGAAGGUCCGAGAAGUUCGACCGUCAGUUUCACUUUUAACCCGACCAAUAAAAUCGUCGCUGCCGUCGUGUCGAUCGGGUCCGGUUAUUUGGUGGCGCGCGGAUCGCGUCUGAUUCUGCCGUGCACGGCGCUAGGUGACACUCCGUUGCAGAUCAGUUGGUUGCAGGACGGGCGCCAACUCAGCGAUUGGCUCAACCUGAACCCGCUGAAGCUGGGCGAGCAAAUCCAACAGCCGUGGAUACAACAGCGACCCCACGAUCCAGACGACCCAGACGACCCAGACGACGAGAACGCAACAGCCGGACUGAUUCAAGUGUUGACGAAUGGAUCGUUAUCCAUCGGCCAGCUGAGCCACAACGGCGGAGGCAAUUACACGUGCCAGGCGCGCAAUCGUCACGGCCAGGAUCAGGUCGACUAUUGGCUGACUGUCGUCACGCCUCCGGCCGCACCUCAGCUCCGUUUCGCCGCAUCCAACUGGUCCUCCGUUACGCUUCAGUGGGCCAGCGGCAGUCCGUCGACCGAUCAAAGCAACCGGACAAGAGUUUCAGCGGCUCGCCAUUACGUCAUCAAAUAUCGACCGAGAGAGGCCGCGAGAUGGGCGCAGAUAAUGCUUCCGGCCACUUGGAGGUCGGUUCCCGUUGGAGAUCUCAACUGCGGCACCGAGUACGAAUUCGUUUUGGUGGCCUCCAGUCGCGUGGGAAACAGUUCGUCCAGCAACGUGGUGACGGCCAAGACCAAAGGAUCGCCGCCGGAAUAUUUAGCCGCCGACGCGCGCCAUUCCGAUUUGACUCUGACACCCACGUCGUGCACCGUCGAUCUAGUCCGUUGGCAGGACAGAGGUUGCCCCAUCCAGCAGUUCAUUUUUCGCUUCCGGCUGGCAACGGAUUCGGCUGGUGAGUGGAUUAUCGCUGGUGCCGAAUCGCCUCCGCAGCAAACGUUCCUCCUCGCGGGAUUGAUUCCAGGCCGAGACUAUGCCGUCCGCGUGACGGCUUUGAAUGCGGCCGGAUCUGCCCAACGCGAUUAUUCCGUUCGGACGCCUCCGCUGAUGGACUCUCACAGCAAGUCGGAUGUGCACGGCGGCAGUUUGGCGCCGCUCUUUUCCGAUCCCCGCGUGGCCGUCCCCAUGGCCGUGUCGUCGCUGGCCAUUGUGUUGACCAUCGUCACCCUUUUGCUGCGCUAUCGCUACCGAUCCGGCACCGACUACCUGCGCCCAGAUUCGCAUCCUCAAACGGUCGGCAAUGCCAACGUCCGGACGUAUGCCGAUGGUGGAGAUACGCCCGAAGACGGUAAUAGCAGCACGUUGUCGGCUUGUCAGAAGCGUCCGCCUCCGAUGGACUGCAGCGGGCGCUUGAGCGACUACGCACCGGAUCAAGUGUCUCCGUACGCCGUCUUUCCAAGUCUGACGUCGUCGGGAGGCAAAUCUCAGUUCUCGUCCAGUCGGCGGAUGAAAACGUUCGUUGUCGACGGAAGCAAAGAUUCGCUGUCGGUGGAGAUGAGCAAUUACGCUCCUCCAGCGCCAUCUAUGAUUAGGCGCAUGCACCAACAGCAAGCGGAGGAAGAGCCCAUGUACGAUUACAUCGCGCCGUGCGCAACAGCGAGCGGCCCGAAUCCGAGCGGGCCCAAUCCGAGCGGCAGAAGCAACAAGUUGACGAGUAAUCCGCAAUCGGUUUUCGUGCCCAUUAUUCCGGCACGGAGUACGUGGAAUCAGCAACAGCAAAUGUAUCGUCAGCAACACGGGCCUAAUCAGUCGUCUCCCCAUUAUCAUGGCGACUGGAACAACCAGGAAACUUUGGCACUCAGCCAGCGGCUCUAAGUGGAAAACUGUCUACCGCAUUUGUUACUUACUCGUUCGUACGUGUCCCUCCACCUGAAACUUGGCUGACAAUUUCAAUCGCUUUCUUAACAGGAAAGUUGUAACAAAACAAAGGAAAACUUGUGUGUUUGGCCAGUCUUUCAUGUUGACUGUUUCUUCUUGUUCAAGAUCUUGUUUUAUUAUUAUUAUUAUUAUUAUCAUUAUACAAUUACCAAAAAGAAAUGUUUGUUGGUAAAGUAUUCAAUUAAUAAACGAAUAGCAGAUGUUGAAAUAAACGAAAUUUGUUUUCGUU